AUGGUUAUAACCAGUGUCGCCGGAGAUACUCUCAUGAACAAGAAAAGAACUAAAGGCAAGCAAAAGAUUGAUAUAAAGAAGAUAAAAGACCCCAACAGCCUCCAAGUCGCCUUCUCUAAACGCCGCACCGGACUUUUCAAGAAAGCCGCUGAGAUCUGUGUCUUGACCGGAGCCCAAAUCGCCAUCCUCGUUACUUCCCCCGCUGGUCGGUUCUAUGGCUUUCGCCACCCCAACACCGACGUCCUGUUUGACGACAUUCUGAAUGACAGCAACACAUACGCUGCCACCAACACCACCAACGGAGGAGAGACGGGAACCACCCAGAAGAACUAUCUAUCGCCGGCGCCACCGCCUAUAAUGGAGGAGUUCAAUCAACAUUACCCUGAGGUUUCGAGGGAGUUGGAGGCUGAGAAGAAGCGGGGAGGAAAGAUUCCAGAGAGCAGCGGCGCAUCACGUUGGUACGAAGAGCCUGUUGAUGGGCUGGAUGUGGAGGAGGCUCAACAGUAUCUUUGUUCGUUGGAUGAGUUGAAGAAGAAGGUUCUGACGAGAGCUGUUGAACUGAUGAUGAUCAACAAGUCUUCUGCUUUAUUCUUUGGUUCGAACAACGGCAUUCAACCGCCGGUGGAUAUUCCUUCAAACGCAGUAGUCGACGACGGUGGUUUUAACUUCGAGUACGACAGGAAUAUUCAGCGUUUAAUUGGUUAA